UUGUUCUUGUGCAACUUGAUAGAAUGUGGCUCAUCAUUGUCUGAUAUCUCAUCAAUGCUUUGUACAGUGGCAUUAAUACUUCUGUAUGUGUAAUAGAAGUAUUUUUUUUUGAACUUUGAUUUUUACUUACCCCAUUUUUUUUGUGUCUUGCUAUCAUUGUGAUUUUAUCUAGAUUUUCCUCCUUUAUUCCAUCCAGUUUACAGCAGAGAAUCAUUGUUUUUCUUGAAAACACAUGCUCUUUCAUUUUUAUAUAGUACCCUAUUUUUGUUGUCCACAACCAUUAUUUCCUAGUAUAAUAACCUGAUUUUUCUGAAUUGACAAUGCCUCUCAACACUGUCAGCAAAAAAAAUUUCACUGGAAUUUUUUGCAUUGUGUUUUGUAAACACUAUCUUUGUCCAAGAAUGAUUUGUAUUUACUGCAUUUGGCCAGGACAGAAGAUACACGUUCAAUUAAAACAUAUACACAUAAACCUGUUGGAUUCUUUUCUGCUCUUCAGUUAUUGAAAUACACAUGAGGCAGUCUGAGGAAUACAUUCAUAGAACCUGCAACCUGCACAUAUUGGUGCUUCCAAGUUUUUGUCACCUGGAAUGCAAGGAAGGGAGAACACCAGUUGUCUUUCUCACUUUAUAAACCCUGUAAAGGAAAUAAGUAAUGCCCUGGUUUUAUUUUGUAAAGCACAGCUUUAACUGUUCAGAGUAUUUCUUCCCAGUCCUGUGUGUUGAUGUUUACCAAGAUUUGUUUAAGUCUGUUGAGUGCUUUCCCUUAAAAUAUUUAAAUAAAUAUGUACUGAUUUUUUUAAGUUCAGCCUUUAUUUGAAUUGGCAAAAUGUUAACUGAAAUUUUUUAAUACCUUGAAGAUUUUUUUAAAAAAUCAUCAAAAGUAAAUUCUUAAACUUUUUUUUAGUCCUGUAUUUGCUACUGAUCUUAAUUUUUUAAGAUGGAAAAUUUCAUUUUGGGCAUGUCCAUAUUCUUCUGAUGUUUAACUUUUAAGAAAUACAUGUCUGAUGUAACUAGAUAUGAUAGUUAUAGGUUUCUUGCUGUCUUGAAAUCACGUAUUCUAAAUCUGAAGGUUAUUAGGCGAUAACCGUAACAUAUCAGACGCUGUACCAAGCAGCUAGUUAGCUUUCUGCUAAUACAUGCAGUAUGGUCAUCACUAGAAACUAAUUAGAAAGCAUUUUAUUCUAAGGUAAAUAUUGUUUGGCUUUAUAAAUAUUUUUAAUAAUUUUUAUACAGUUUACAGUAAUGGAACAGCUGCAGGAUCCCAUUAUGCAAGAAGAUGCAAAUAUUAAAGCUAUUAAUGAAGAGUACAGGAAAGCCUUUCUUUUUAUUAAUAAAGGACUGAAUACAGAUGAACUGGGUCAGAAGGAAGAGGCAAGAACUUAUUAUAAGCAAGGGCUUGACCACUUGCUCCGAGGAAUUAGCAUUCCAUCACAGGGCCCUGCAUGCAUAGGGUCCCAGUGGGAGUCUGCUAGGCAAAUGCAACAGAAGAUGAGGGAGACCCUGCAAAACGUUCACAUUCGACUUGGCAUUCUAGAACAAAACACCCCACCUGUACAAGCGAGUCCUGCUGUGAUGGAUGCCCCUGAUGGGGUGCCCAGGUUGUACCCGUCUGUUCCUUCCAAAGAAAAGCCAGAAAGACCCCCUGCCCCUAAUUCUCUACUUGUACCAAGUCAGCCACCUGCAGCAGAUGGAAGUGUUGCAGCUGUGAGCCCAGGGCAAAUUCCAGCUAUGAGUCCAUCUGCAAAACCUCUUUGUCUGCCAAAUGAAGCACCUCCUGCCUAUACUCCUCAAGCUACCAAUGGCCAUUUUACUGUGUCCUAUGGCACAGACUCUGGGGAGUUUUCUUCUGUAAGUGAGGACUACUACAGCAAGUGUACUCAGCCACCUCCCCUUGAAAACCUGGGAGUGGAUGCAGAUGAGCUGAUCUUGAUUCCUCAAGGGGUACAGAUAUUCUUCGUGACUCCUGAUGGGCAGGUUAGUGCUCCUUCAUAUCCUGGAUAUCUGCGCAUUGUGAAGUUCUUGGAUACGGAUAGCGAGACGGCCCAGAAUCGUCCACCUGCAUUUCUUCAGGUCUGUGACUGGUUAUAUCCUCUAAUGCGUAACCAGUCUCCUGUUCUGUGCUGCAAUACUGGAGUCUACAUGUUCCCUGACACAAUGUCCCAGAUACCGGGAUCCUACGUGGGACUAGUGCUGUCUUCAGAACUUCCAGCAGCUGACAGAGAGCUGUUUGAGGAUCUCUUAAAACAGAUGUCUGACCUUCGAAUCCAGGUGCCAGGAUCCCAUGAGAGAGUAGGGUUAUCUUCAGAGCUCCCAGCAACUGAGAGAGUGCAUUUUGAAGAUAAAUUUAAACAGAUGUCUGGCCACAAAGUCCAGCCUUCAGAUACCUCUGGUGAUGCAAUUAACUUGUCUCAGACUGUACGGAUUGAACCACAACCUGAAGGAGCAGAAAAUCAGAAAGAAUUGCCAGAAUGGAGUGAGAAAGUUGCCCAUGGAAUCUUGUCAGGUGCAUCUUGGGUAAGCUGGGGCCUAAUAAAAGGCGCAGAAUAUACUGGUAAAGCUAUACAUAAAGGAGCUUCUAAACUGCGAGAACACAUCCAACCAGAAGAAAAACCUCUGGAAGUCAACCCAACUGUAGCAAAGGGACUUCAUGUAGCAAAACAGGCUACUGGAGGAGCUGUGAAAGUCAGCCAAUUCUUAGUCGAGGGAGUCUGUUCCAUAGCAAGCUGUGUUGGGAAGGAGCUGGCUCCGCACGUAAAGAAGCAUGGCAGCAAAUUAGUUCCAGAGUCCCUCAAGAAAGAUAAAGACGGCAAAUCCACAUUGGAUGGUGCUCUGGUGGUAGCAGCAAGUGGAGUUCAAGGGUUUUCAACAGUGUGGCAAGGUUUAGAAAGUGCAGCGAAGUGCAUUGCUAAAAGCGUUUCAACUGAGACUGUAAAAACUGUCAAAUACAAGUAUGGAGAUGAUGCUGGCCAUGCUACAGACAAUGCUAUGAAUUCUGCAAUCAAUGUUGGUGUGACAGCAUUUAACAUUGACAAUAUUGGUAUCAAGGCUGUUGUAAAGAGAACUGCAAAGGAAACCGGACAUGCUGUGUUGGAUGAAUAUAAAGUAUUGGAUAAUAAGAAGAAGGAUAAAAAAUGAAAGCAUUGAAAUAGUUCUCAAAGCCUUACAUUAGAGAUGGAACUUCCUAUUUAGAAGUCACUACAUUGCUAAUCUGCAAUUUAACACAAAUCACGCUGUACUUUUCAAUCAACUGUUACUUAAUUUGAUAUGAAAAUUUAAUAGUAGGAAGGGUGUUUAUGCAAGGAAAAAUGAAAAUUGUCUUAAUUCCUUGUUGGGUAUUGAACAAGGGUUUUAAACAACUGAAUCAGGGCUUUAGACAAUGGGACAGAUAAUGAGUUUGCAGUUAAUAACUUGCCUCUUUAAGCACUUUUUCAAAAUAUAAAAUGAACUAGAUUAAUAUAGAAAUACUGUUGUGAAUAUUUUUGGAAUCCUUUAUAUUUGUAAGGAAGGUAGUGAUACAGAAACAAAUAGGAUUAAUAAUUGCGGAACAAGUAGGAUUUCUAGUUUUAUUUUUUAACUGUUCUGAAGAGUUAGUUUUACAAAACCAGCCUUGUCUUAUUUAAUAUGCACUGCUAAAAUAAGCUUUGUGUUUCAUUGUUUUGUAGAUAAUUUCCUUUUUUGGCUAUCAAACAGCUAAUCUUAUCCAAAGUUCAUGUUAGAAGAAGUGAAAGAUGAGCCUCAGGUAACUAGGUAUUUAUUCCCUUUAAAACUUUUUUUUUCUUUUUUUCAUCCAGCAUAUAAGCAAACCAAAGAUAUGAAGCAUCUCUAGUAAAAGAGGGUAUUUACAACUGUAGACAAAUGUAUUCUUUAGUUGGCUCCAUAAGGAAUAUACAAAUAUUUUUUUGAGAUUUUUAUGUAAAGGAUGAGUAUAUUUUUGCGUAAAUUAUUCUUCUGUGAAAACAGAAAAUUCCAUUAUUAUUCUAUAGAGGACACUAGGAACUUCUAUGCAUUCUGUAUUUUUCAGCCAAUUCAGAAAGAUGCAGAGUAUAUACUAUGGCCUCCUAAUGGCAGAUACAGAAUCACAGAACCUUAGACUGUUUGGGUUAGAAAGGACCUUAAGAUAAUUUAGUUCCAACCCCCCUGCCAUGGGCAGGGACACUUCCCACUAGACCAGGUUUCUCAAGGCCCUGUCCAGCCUGGCUUUGAACACUGCCAGGGAUGGAGCAUUCACAGACAAUAUGUAUUUGCUUCAAGAAGUAGUUCUAACAGCAUCUUUAUUCCGUUAAAUUCAUAGUUGCACGAGGUUUGUCUUUAAAGGGUAUGAAGACAAGCCCUCUUAAUGGAGAGGUGUGUGGAUGAGAAUAGACAUGACUGUGUAGGUUAUCCUGUUCCUAGUGCAGUGUGAAAUAACUCCAUUUGUAGAACCAUUGAAAUGCUUUCACACUGUUUAUUUAACAGUUCACUGUUGAGUUUCAAAGCUGCUACAUAUUCUAAUAUUGGCUGAACCUGUAGCAAGCAGAACUCUUAUCACUUUAAAACUUAUCUCCAUUUCAUGUGAAUGGAGAAAAUAACUAUAAUUUGUUGUUAGCAAAUGGUAUUUGCAUCACAUUGGAAAAAAUAAAUAACUAAUGAUGUUAGAAUGGUAAUAGAUGCACAUUUUGUCGUGGCUACUGUAGGUGUGUACUUAGGGUGAGAAAUGUGAAAAAAAGGAUCUAACCACUUGAAGUGUAAUGAUUUAUGGAAAUAAAGAUGAUGUCAAAGUUG